AUGAGGAGCAAACAACCACCAAGGAAGAAAAGAGGAACAACACGACCAGAAAGUUAUAAACGUUAUAUCAUACGUGAUGCCAGAGUAAAGGGGGCAGGUUAUGUUUCCUACAAAGCUCAAGAACAAAGGGGAAAAGUAGUAGUGAAACCGUUUAUUGAUGGUAUGAUUUCAUCUACAUUCACCUUCCUGAAAUGUGAUAAGCCUCCAGAACUACCAAAUCAGCCGGCCUAUCCCCAAGGAAAGGUACCCAUUAACAAGAAAAAGAUACAGGAUUUGAGAAAAUUAACUGAGUACACGAGAGGUUAUGAACAUUUUUAUAAUGCAAUCCUACUGUGGCCUACAACUGACUCUGAAAACCCUGAGGAAGUGGAUCAAGGGUGUGAAUAA